GCCAAAAAACCUUCCACAGAGAAGCAUAACGUGAAAAAUGAAGUCUUUUUCCAUCUUUCUUGCUCUGUUCGUCUUCUUCCUUGUCGUUCUUGAGGCGCCAGAGAAGAUAGAAGCCGGCAACAAGUUCAAAUGCGUGGUCGAGUACGGCGGUGACGUGGGUCCAACGUUCUGUAACCCUAAAUUCUUCCCGACAUUGUGCCGUCAGAAUUGCCGGAGCUUCAAAGGUGCCAAAGGAGGUAAAUGUGUGAAGCAGCCCAAACACAAACCUAUCAAAUGCUUCUGCGACUACUGCAAAGACGACUAGACUUCACAAAAAAACGCCUUAAAUAAAAAUAAAACCACUGGUUCUAGCUUCACUCUCCAAACGCAACCACCCCUUCUCGACCUAAAUGUUUGUAAUUUCCAUAUAAAUUUUAUAAAUGUAUCUUUGAUGUUUA